GCACCGCAAGUGCCAGUGACAGGAGACUCGCCGGACGGGACGGGACGAGUUAGUGGCGCGACCGUCUCCCCGCAACUGCCGGGCCGGACUGGACGCUAGAGACAAAAACAGAGACAAGGACAGAGAUAGGAGAAAGAACUUGGGACCGGCCUGGCCAUGGCCUGACUGGCCGGACGAUUGGACAGCGUCGCGCCAUCAGCCCGUGGGAAAAAAAAAUCGGUUCAACUUUCCACUCUCAACUUUGUUUCCGCCGAAAUGUUCUGCCACGGACUGAUAUCUUUGGACGGAGGGUGUCAACAGCUGUGUCAUCACCGGAAAAUCAUGUCUCUGUGUCACAGUUACGUCCCCAAUUACUUUUCAAUCCCAGACAUCCUCGCUACUCAAGAGAAAGUGCCAUGCACGUUCGAAGUGCAAGUCAAACAUUUAGGAUUUUUGGAUCCUGGUUCUGACAAAAGAGACAUCGAAGUUGGUACAAAUAUUGAAUUGCCUUUUUGGAUGGCAAGUGUCUUGAAGACCCAACGUCCUGCAAUAGCUGACGUUGGUUUACCAAAAAUAUUUAAAGAAUCGUAUAGAGAUAUCUUGAAAGCUGACCCAGUUGUAGUUGAUUUACACAAACUGGCUCCAUACUUCUAUGAGUUUGGCAUGAGUUUAUGUAUGUUAAACCACCGAGAGUCACCUGAAAUUGUUAACGUUCUUGUAGAGUCAUUUAAGCAGAGAUUUCGUAAAAUAUUAGACUGGGCACAACAUUCAAAUAUUGAAGUUCCCGAAUCAAAAAAACUAGAUAAUGCAGAAAAAAUUAUCUAUCAAGCGGGGAGGGAAGUUGGUUCGAGUUUGCAUUUGUGGCUGACCGAAGGCGGCUCCCUCAUCAUGGCAGCAGGUAUGGUGAUGCAACAUAAAAAGAUGAAGCUCACACAGAGAGACCUCCUUCAGUAAAUCCUACAUCAUUCUGGAUCAAUUUGGGAAAAAAAUUAUCUUCAUAUUUUUAAAAAGUGUUUAUUGAACAGUCAUUGUCUCAUACAUUGUACACCUAUAAGUAAAGGCAUGCAUAAGGAUGA